GAGUCCAGAUUUCAAAGAGUCAGAGAACCCAGGAGUCCUCGGCCCCAUCUUGCUUCUGCAGCUGAUGAGACGCCAGAAGGAUGAGGGGCAGUCUGACCACGCUGGCUUUUCUCCUCCUCAUCGUUGCCGCCCUCCGCUCUGAGGCCAAUGAAGUGAUGGACAGAGGCACACACCAUCGCUGCUCCCAGCGAGCAUCAGUCUGGAAGCUCUGCACUGAAUCAGCUCAAUUAAAACCCACUGCCUGCUGUUUCGCCUACGUCGGAAAGAAAGUCCCACUCCGGUCUGUGACAGAUUAUUAUAGAACCCAUGACCAGUGCUCCAGCCCAGGGAUCGUCUUCCGUACACGAAUGAGGCGACAGAUCUGCGCCCACCCCAGCGAUGCCUGGGUGCAGGAGUACGUCAGAUACCUAGACAACAAGACGGGUGCCAGCAUGGCCUAGGGAGCUUGAGAAGAGGCACAGAGCCCCACUCUUUCCUCCCCGACCCAGCCAGAUGGUCCCCGGGUGCUGUCCUGGCCCAAACUGAAGCUCCCAUUCUCUGAUAAAUCCCAUUUUCCCUAAUUCUCUCUUUGACACCGCCCUCUGGGACCUGAUGACACCGUGGCCCCUAGAGAGCCUCUGUCUUCCCUUUGCAGGCAGCCAGCUGUUGAAAUAAAAGUGUGCAACAUAAAAAAAAAAAACCUGGUGGUUUGCAC